AUGAUGGAGUACAUGGAGGAUAAGUUUGCCUUGAAAAGUCAAGGGAUGAAGGCCAGCGAUUACUACAUGGACCAGGUCAUGGAGAGCCUGGACAGCGCGCAGUACUUCACCAAGUCCUCCGCGAAGUGCGCGCAGGCCUUCGGGCUCCAGAGCGGCGAACACCGCUCAUCGCCCUGCGGAGACCAAAACGCCAGUUACGGUGUGCCAAAAACGGACGAGGACACUUUGCACUCGGACCUCGGCAGGUCCAUGGACAGUUGUUGCACCCUGCGCGCGUCCCCGGUGACCAGCGGGCAGGAGAAGACGGACUUGGACGACAUGGCGGACAAGUGCGACAGUAACGUGUCCAGCAGCAAGAAGAGGAGACACCGGACCACGUUCACCAGCGCGCAGCUGGAGGAGCUGGAGAAGGUGUUCCAGAAAACGCACUAUCCAGACGUGUACGUGAGGGAACAGCUGGCCAUGAGGACGGAGUUAACGGAGGCCAGAGUGCAGGUGUGGUUUCAGAACAGAAGAGCGAAGUGGAGGAAGAGGGAGCGCUACGGGCAGAUCCAACAGGCCAAGACGCACUUCGCAGCCACCUACGAUUUAGCCGUUUUACCGAGGACCGACAGCUACACACAGAUCUCCAACAACCUGUGGCCGAACCCGGCCUCCGGCGGCUCCGUGGUCUCCUCCUGCGUGCUGCCCCGAGGCUCCCCGCCCUGCGUCACUCCCUACUCACACUCUCCCCGCUCGGCCGCUGGCGCUGCCGACCAUGGCUACAUGGGUUUCCCCAAUCAGCAGAACCAGUUCGGUCACGUAUCCCUCAACAACUUCUUCAGUGCAGACUCUCUCCUCACGCCGGCGGCCAACGGCCACCACACCUUCGAGACCAAGCCAGAGUUCGAGAGGCGCUCGUCCAGCAUCGCUGUGCUUCGCAUGAAGGCCAAGGAGCACACGGCUAACAUCUCCUGGGCCAUGUGA